UUCAUAUGCCCGUAUUGCAGAGGUUGAGGAAGCAGAAGCGGCAUUAACUGAUGCAGUGAACGUCCACCGUAAUAAUCCAACACUAAAAAUGAUGAGAUACAAUGAAUAUAAGAUGGUUUCAUCCGAUCAAACCCAACAGGUAUACGCAAUAAUGCCAACUAAUUCCACAACUUUGAAUGUUAGACAAUUUGAAGGCAGGAGUAGGAUGAUACAUACAGUUAGUUCAUCAGCAGGCGCUAUGGGAUCCCUCCUUACCAAGCUGGACAUGCUACUGGAUCCAGGGUGUAGGCUACCAAAGGCGGUUAGAAGCAGUGUGCAGCUCCUUAAAUGUGAUCUUGAAGAAGUAGCCACAUACCUUGAGGACUUGUUGAAGGUGGAUGACCCUCACCUGAUGGCCAAGUGCUGGAUGAAGGAGGUGCGUGAGCUGUCGUAUGAUAUUGAGGAUUACACUUGCGACAUUGAGGAUAAUAUAAAAUGUGUGAGGUCUAUCCAUCUAAACAGAAAGGCCAGAUUUAUCUGCAAGGUCAAUCAUCUGAAGAUUAAUGGUGCUCCUAGAAGACUCAAGUGGCACCAACAGAUCAGAAACAGAGUAUCUAAAUUCAGGAUUUAUGUCCAGGAGGCAAUUGAACGGUACGAACGAUAUGAUAUCCAUUGCUGUACUGAUAGGCACAGAUAUGUCUGUAUUGGCUCAAUGCUACCAACACCAUAUGACCAAAUUGCCAAUCUAGUCAUUGAUAGGCGGACAAGCGAGUUCAUCAAACGGCUUGCGAAUGAUGGGGAUCAAAAGCUCAAGAUGGUAUCUAUUGUGGGAUGUGGUGGAAUUGGUAAAACUACACUUGCCAAGUUUUUCUACACCAAAUUUGGUGGACAAUUCGAUUGUCGAGCUUUCAUCCAGGUGCCCCAAAAGCCUAAUAUGAAAAGCCUUUUCUGCGACAUAAUCUCCCAAGUCCAGCAGAACAACCCCCGUGAUGAUUGUAAGGAGUUUGAACUUAUUGACAAUAUAAGGAGACAUCUGCAAGAUAAAAGGUAUUUAAUUAUCAUUGAUAAUUUAUCGGCUGCGUCUGUGUGGGAUAUUUUAAAUCAAGGUUUUCCAGAGAAUACUCAGCGGAGCAGAAUAAUAACAACUACACGAAUUAAAGAUGUUGCAUUAAAUUGUUGCCUUCAACACCUGGAGUAUAUUUUUGAGAUGAAACCGCUCGAAGAUAAUUACUCAAGAAAGCUAUUUUUUAACAGACUUUUUGGCUCCGAAAGUGAUUGUCCUCGUAGACUCAAAGAAGUCUCAAACAAAAUUGUUCAAAUAUGUGGAGGUUUGCCGCUAGCAUUAGUCAUUAUGGCUAGCCUUUUGGCAAGCCAGCCGGUCGUAUCAAUGGAGCUAUGGACAUACAUUUGUGAUACUUUGAGCCCAGAUUUGUGGACAGAUUCUACUUCAGAUGGAAUAAAACAAGUACUAAACCUCUGCUACAAUAAUCUCCCGCAUUAUUUGAAAACAUGCUUGCUGUAUCUUAAUAUGUAUCCAGAGGGCUACAAAAUCAGCAAGGAUGCUUUGGUGAAGACAUGGGUGGCUGAAGGCUUUAUUGAUGCCCCAAAGGACCUUGAUGUGGACAAAGUUGCACAAAGCUAUUUUGAUGAACUUAUUGGUAGAAGGUUCAUCCAACCUAUACAGAUCAACUACAACGACGAAGUGUCAUCCUGUACAGUUCAUGAUUUGGUACGCGAUCUCAUUGCAUAUAAGUCUGUAGAAGAGAAUUUCAUAGUGACAAUAGAAUGUUACAGAAAGAAUGUGGUGCUCAUUGAUAUGGUUCGUCGACUUUCUCUCGACUUCUCAGAUUCCAAAUAUGCAAAAGUGCCAGCAAAUAUCGAAAGAUCACAAGUCCGGUCACUUGCCUUUUUUGGACUGUUUAUGUGUAUGCCUUCCAUUACAGACUUUAAGCUUCUGCGUGUUCUAAACCUUCAAUUAUUUGGUCAUCUCGGCGACAACACGGUGGACCUUACUGGGAUUUCCAAACUGUUUCAACUUAAAUUCUUGAAGAUUACGUGUAAUAUUGGCAUCGAACUACCACUGCAAAUGCGAGGGCUAAAAGUCUUGGAAACGGUGGACAUGGAUACAAAAGUUGCUGCUGUUCCAUGGGAUCUUUUCCAUCUCCCAGGCUUGUUACACCUGCAUCUUCUUUUAGAGACAAAUCUGCUGCAUUCAAUUGCACAGAUGAAAUCUGCCAUGACACUAGGAAGCCUUGACCUGAGCAGUAACUCAUCACAGGGUAAUAUGAACAACCUGCAGGCUAUUCAUCUCACCUGUUCUACAUUGCCUUCAGAGCACCUACAAAGAAACAUGGAAGCACUGGGAUGUUUACUUGGGACAGUUGGAAACCUGAAAACACUGGCCAUAGUUUCUGGCAAUUAUCAAAAAUUUGAUAUGUUUCCUGGCACCUCAGAUGCAACUGUUUCUUGGGAUUUCUUGGCACCUCCUCCUUUUCUACAGAGAUUUGAGUGGCAGCUUCAUGAUUGCAUCUUUUCCCAGGUUCCCAAAUGGAUCGGGGAACUUAGCAACCUCAGCAUUUUAAAUAUUGCAGUAAGGGAAUUUGUCAAUAAUCACGUUGAUAUUCUCAGGGGAUUGCCUGCCCUAGUUUCUUUGUCACUGAAUGUGCAUAGAGAGUCCAUUGAAAAAGUCAUCUUUGACCGGGGGGGAUUCUCAGUUCUCGAGUACUUGGAGUUCUGCUGUACUGCACCUUGGCUGAAAUUUGAGUCAAAUGCAAUGCCUAGUCUCAGGAAGCUCAAGUUAGACUUUAAUGCCCCCAGGGAAAAUAUACAUGGCACUGCACCUAUCAGCAUAGAAUUUUUGUCAAGCCUCAAGGAGAUCUAUGCAAAAAUAAGGGGUGGUGGUGGUGGUGCCGAGUCUGCAUUAACAUCUGUUGUUAUCAACCAUCCAACCAAUCCUAGAAUCAAUUUACAGUUGGUCGAUUGGAUUUCUUAUGAUGAUGAAGACAAUGAGCACACAAUUCCAUCCAUAGGUAUGGCAGACCAAUUUCAGGAGAUGGUGAGUGGUGACAGUCACGAUGUCAGGAGUUCCACACGACCAAACCAUGUGCUUGAUAGCAUAAUUCUGGAGGGCAUUCUCCAGCUCCUGACGACGGCACAUGAUAGGAACACCGCGUCGCUGGUUUGUCGCUACUGGUACCACACCGAGGCUGAGACACGACAUGAACUCUUCAUUGGCAACUGUUAUGCGGUGUCUCCUAGUCGUGUCAUCGAGCGUUUUCGUGGGCUGCGCUCCAUCACCCUAAAGGGCAGGCCACGCUUUGCAGAUUUCACCUUAGUGCCCAAAGGCUGGGGUGCAUAUACAACGCCGUGGGUGUCUGCUUUGGGGCCUGCAUACCCACACCUUGAGCGCAUCUUCCUCAAGCGGAUGACAGUCACUGACAAUGACCUCAUGCUCAUGGCCCAAUCGUUUCCAAAGUUGAGGGAGCUCAAAUUGGUGAGCUGUGACAAAUUCAGUGCCACUGGCCUCGCCAUCAUCGCAGGGCAGUGCAGGCAUCUCUGUGUGCUUGAUCUGAUUAAUGAUCGCAUUGAGGACACGGUCAAUGAGCAGGUGGACUGGAUCUCUAUGUUUCCACAGCCCAGCACGUCACUGGAGUCUCUCAUGUUCGAAUGUGUUGAUACGCCUUGCAACUUUCAGGCACUGGAGGCCCUUGUUUUACGCUCACCAGCUCUUCGCCGGUUGCGUGUGAAUCACCAUGUGACAGUAGAGCAGCUGUGUUGCCUCAUGGCAAUUGCUCCCAACCUGACGCACCUUGGCACUGGCGUGUUCCGGUCCAGGACUGGCUACCCUGCAGGUGAGGCCCCUACAUCGGUGUCUGACCUUGCGACAUCUUUCGCAGCUUGCAAGUCACUCAUCUCCCUCUCGGGUUUCUUGGACAUGAAUCCAGAGUACCUCCCUGCGAUCUACCCGGUUUGUGCUAAUCUCACAUCCCUCGUAUUAAUAUCUAUGAGCAUAACAGCGCAGCAGCUCACACCCAUCAUUCAGUGCUGCGGCAAACUUCAGACUCUAUGUGUUUCUCACACUGUGGGUGAUGAUGCCCUUUGUGCUGUUGCUAAGACAUGCUUUGAUCUGCGGGUGUUACGAGUGUUUCGUUUAUUUGCUAGCAGUCGGUAUGACCUCUCUGUGUCAGAUGUGGGCCUUGAGGCGAUAGCAAGAAGAUGCCGAAAGCUUGAAAACCUAACCUACUAUUGUGGAAGCAUGACAAAUGCCGCAAUGAUCAUUGUGUCUAACAACUGCCCUCAUCUUGAGGCGUUUCGCCUCUGUAUUUUGAGAACUCACCUCCCUGAUCGAAUCACCGGGGAGCCGAUGGAUGAAGGUUUUGGAGCAAUUGUGAUGAACUGUAAGAAGCUUUGUAGGCUUUCAACGUCUGGUCUGGUAACAGACAAGGCCUUCGCGUACAUUGGGCAAUACGGGAAAUUUCUCAAAACUCUGUCUGUUGCCUUCUCUGGCAAUACCGACAUGUCACUCAGAUAUGUGUUUGAAGGAUGCACUCGGUUGCAGAAGCUUGAGGUCAGGGGAGGUCCUUUCGGUGAUGAGGGUUUGCUCUCAGGUUUAAACCGCUUUUGCAAUAUGAGGUCCUUGUGGAUGAGCUCUUGCAGAAUUACCAUGAGAGGCUGUAGAGAUGUAGCUCGGCAAAUGCCACAUUUGGUUCUUGAAGUGAUUAGUGGCCAUUCUGGAAAUGAAGAGGUGACUGCCGAUACUGUGGACCAUCUGUAUUUAUAUCGAUCUCUUGCAGGACCAAGGGAUGAUGCCCCCCCAUUUGUCAACAUCUUGUAAGUUGUACGCCCUUUUGGAGAAGAACCUUACCAUAUCAGCUGCACUAUGUUUACUCAUUCUGUUGCUCCUGAUAAACAUGUGUGUUAACAUAACUGAAUUCCUCUUUGUGAAAUCAGGCUGUAGACUAUUUAGGUUGUUUGUUCAGUACAACAUAUCUGGUAAGGUUGUUUGUUCUCUAUAACAUAUCUAAUAAUAGCAUGUCCUUGAUGUAUCCAUGAGAUUGUGACAAAUUAUGCUAUCUCCAGCUGGCUGUAAAUACAAGUAAAUCCAGAAGGGAUGCCGUUUAUGGAGCUAAAACCAAUCUUUCUUUACUGUGCUGCUAUCAUUGUUUGCAGAAUUCGUGCAGUGGCCAGGAUUUCUCAGAGCUAGACUACUACAGUCAACAGAUUCUUCUGAAGACUUCCAGAAUUCCACAGCAAUGGUUCAUCAAUGAUUAAAUCAAACGGAACAAUUCGUCUCGGUAGGUGGUCCUUGGUUGCUGGGGUGGUGUUACCAGGUAAAGAAGCAUCAACAUUCCAUGUUGUAAGCCAAGCAAUUCAAGAUUUAUGCUCAUAGACACCCUGUCUUGGAAAACAACAAGUGCAGUGCAUCCGCAUUUUCCAGUUUAAUCGUCUCGUGAUAAGUAAUCUAAUCCCCCAAAGAAAAUUUCUUCGCAGGGCAAAUCAGCAUGGCUUUACAUGCAUGCUGAACUUGUCUGGUAUCCUGAAAUUUGCUGUUAUUGCAGCAACAGUGCUUGAA